AUGUCGCUCAUCGGCGGUGCCACUCAUGCGCGGCUCACCUCCGUGCGUCCUCCGCUGGUGACUGUUGGCCGCGCACCGUCAGGGCUGUCGGCCUGUGUCACCUCCUGCAUCUUUGCACCUCAUCACUGGCAGCAUCGAGCGCUUCUGUCAAUAUCCACGACAGCGCGUCUGCUGGAGGCGAAAAAGAAGCGUGUGUCGAGGGCGACAAAGCAGAAGCCUACCAAGGCCACUUCGACACCCCUGCCCUUCUACAAGUCCCACUCGGCGCGACCCGUCGCCGUCACCACUUCAAAAAUAGAUGGCGCGGCACCACCGGCAACGGCGUCCUCCUCCACAGCAAGCUCGACAGCCUCGCCGUUACCGGAGGCCAACAUAGCCGCCCCAGCGCCAGUGCCAGCAUCCUCUCCACCUGGGGCUGCUCACGACGCAGAACGGCCGCGCCGUUCCUACGCCCCGACGAGUACGGCCAUCAGCGAACAGCUUGCCUCGCUACGGCGCGAGCUGCUUGAAACGCGGCUGCAGCUGGCCAAGGCAGAGGAGACCUACUCAGGGCUCUACGAGGGCGUGCUCACACGACUUGCCGAGACAGACCGAGCGGCCCACCUCACCGCGUCAAGUCUCCGCUACACAGGCAUGGCGCUGCGAGCCGCGCACGACAACCUAGAGGUGGAGCUACGGCGUCUUCUCACGAUAGGUCUGACGGCGGAGGAGGUGGACAUGGCGGCCAUCGAGGCGGGUGCGCGACAGUACGUGCGGCAGAACAUCGGCUACCAUACCGAGCACGUUUCGGCGGAGCCGCCGGCCGUUCCGGACAUGGCAAGGGUGAUGGAAAAGAACGAGCGCAGAGCGGCGAUGAGUAGUUUCGCCAAGCCACAGCAGUGA